UUUUGAUUAACUGUCAUUCAUAUCAACUCAUUAUCGACAUAAUUGCCCUGCGGGUUAAAGAGACAACACAGGAUAAACACUGAUCCCGUCUUUUGUCCCGCGGGGCAGUUAUGUGGGUAAUGAGAGUAAAAAAAGGGAAAUUCUGGAUCACGUGAUAGAGCGGGCGUGUGAGUUCUUGUCACACCUUUCCGGUGAAGCUGGUAACGGGUUGUGUUGUGAGUAGUGUGCUCCCCGGGAGAGAGAGAGAGAGAGAGACGGGGGUGAAAAAGAGCGUGGACAAAACGGACCGGUAACGCGGGGAUUAAUAAUAAUAAUAAUGGUAAUGGCGGAACCGGUCAGUUGUAGUCCCGUUGAAUCUGUCUGACUUUACCGGGAAUAGUUCCAAGCCUACCCGGUAACUUUUCAUUCCAGAGAGAGUUGGGAAGAUAUUUCUGAUUAUUGUAGAAUAAUGUUGUUUAUUUAACUAGUGCUCCGUUUUUUAAAAACAUUUAUUUAUUUUUCCGGUUACUGUUCGGUGGGUCUCGAACCAUGGCGUUAUCACAAAUCCAAUGUUUGGAUGAGAAUAACGUGAAUCUCCGGACGAAUGAAUCUAAACCGGAUUUUUUUUAUUCCGAGGAACAACGUUUAGCGCUCGAGAUUCUCCUCCGGGAUGGAAGCGAUGCUUUUAAUAAAUUCCUCCACGCGAACAAUCUCCGGUGUUUCCUUUCGGACCAAGAGGUGGACCGUUUGACCCGGUCAGUAGAGGAAGUAUGCGACCCGGAAUCAGAACUCAGUCGGGUCGUUGACUCAGACAGUGAUGAACUCCCGGUGUCUCUUCAAUACUGGCCGGAGCUUUCUGCCUGCUCGCUCCCGCGGCUGGACCUCGGAUGGCCGGACUGCGCGUCCUACAGAGGAGUGACUCGCGUCACUGUGUACGCGCAGCCGCCACUGGACGGUUACGCGCACAUCAAAGAGAUGGUUAGGAAAACCAUCGCGCAGGCGCAGAAGGUGAUUGCGGUGGUGAUGGACCAGUUUACGGAUGUAGAUAUCUUCAGAGACCUUCUGGAGGCGUGCUUUAAAAGGAAAGUGUCUGUCUACAUCCUGUUGGAAAGAGCAGCGUUACCUCACUUCCUGUCUAUGGCUGAGAGGGCUGCCAUGCAUCCCGGGCACCUGAAGAGCCUGCGUGUGGGUGUGACAGGAGGAGCAGAGUUCCUCAGUAGGUCGUGUUCCAGGGUGAGAGGACGUCUGGGUCACAGGUUGCUGUUGGUAGAUGGAGACAAGGCUGUUUCUGGAUCGUACAGGUACCCUAACCUCUGA